GGCCGGCCGUCGCCCAGACGACGGAGCUCGGGGGCCAAUGGCGGGGUGCGGGGCGCGCAGGGUGCUCCUGGCGGCGGCGCUCUGCGCGCUGGCACCGGCAGCGCGGCCCGACGCGGGGCCGGCGGGCGACGGCGGGUGGCGCUGGCGCGGGUCGGCGGCGGCGGCCGUGCCCGAGGAGCGGCGCUGCACGGUGGAGCGGCGGCUCGACCUCACCUAUGCCGAGUUCGCACAGCGCUACGCCUUCUCCAGACCCGUCAUCCUGGCCGGGCGCGUGGACAACUCGAGGUUCCGGGCCCUGUGCUCCCGUGAGAGGCUGCUGGCCUCGUUCGGAGACCGCGUCGUCCGGCUCAGCACGGCCAACACCUACUCCUAUCGCAAAGUGGACCUACCCUUCCAGGAGUAUGUGGAGCACCUGCUGCGACCCCAGGACCCCACCUCUCUGGGCAAUGACACCCUGUACUUUUUCGGGGACAACAACUUCACCGAGUGGGCGUCGCUCUUUCAGCACUACUCCCCGCCCCCUUUCGGCCUGCUUGGCACUACUCCUGCUCACAGCUUCGGGAUUGCUGGUGCUGGUUCUGGGGUGCCCUUCCACUGGCACGGGCCUGGGUUCUCAGAGGUCAUCUAUGGCCGCAAGCGCUGGUUCCUGUACCCCCCGGAGAAGACACCCGAGUUCCAUCCCAACAAGACCACGCUGGCCUGGCUCCAGGAUACAUACCCGGCCUUGGCACCAUCACAGCGGCCCUUGGAGUGCACCAUCCGGCCAGGGGAGGUGCUGUACUUCCCUGGCCGAUGGUGGCAUGCCACCCUCAACCUGGACACCACCGUCUUCAUGUCUACGUUCCUCAGUUAGCCACCAAGUGGGCAGGCACACACCACACAUGCCCCAUUGCGUCACAGGUUUAUUACAGGGACAGUGAAGGCAGCAGUGGACCUCAGCCCAGCCCACUCUUGCCUGCUGUCUCCUACCCAGUAGGGGGACAGGGCAGGCU